UGAAGGUCCGAACUUCCCAGAACGUCCUCUGUGCGCGCGUCCAGUCGUCAACCGCUACCGUCUUUUUAACUCCUUCUUUAUUCAUGAUGCUGGCGAGGUUUUAAUGUUUAUUCCAACUCGUUGGCUCGGUCCGCUUCGUCUCCCAACAUGCAGCAGUGAUCAGAACCGACGCCAGAAACAAAACAACAGCAGUAUUUCCAGGAACUUUCCAGGAACAUGGUCACGUGGUCCGAGAGGAACUGACGGAAGCGAAUGCACGUGCGCUAGCGAGGGGACAAAAAUCACAUUUAUUUUCCUGUUUGCGCAAUAAAUCACGACUCAUCAUUCCAUCAAAAUUAAGUGAAAAUUAUGUAAUUUAUUGUUUUAUGUUUUGACAUAUUUACUGUUUAUUUACAUUAUCCUGCGCGAUAUCAAGGUUGACCCCCAGAUGGCAGCACGUCAGCAGCUGAGUCUGCCAGGAAGAAUCGUAGAAGAAGCAGAAUAACAGGAAGCGAACAGGCGGGCUGGCGGGUACUUUGAUUCGUCUUGUUGCUUUAGUCCUUUUAGUUGUCGUAUUGCGCCACCUGGCGGUCGUAUGCACUCAUGGAGGCGACAGAGAGCAGAUUCGCUCACCUGCUGAAGCCCAUCAGGGAGCUCACUGACAACUGGGACAUCGACCUGGCAUCUGAAUUAAACGACUACUUGGAGGAGUUGGACGAGAUGUGCAUCACAUUUGAUGGCAAAACCCGCCUGGACUUUGCAGAGGCGGCGCUGCUCAUCCAAGGCUCAGCCUCCAUCUACAGCAAGAAGGUGGAGCUGCUCCACAGUCUGGUUUACCGGACUUUGGAGUACAUCAACGACAGGAACAAGAAACGAAGCAAACAAGCCACAACGUGCGAGGAUGCCGACACAGAUGAAGCAACGUCCAAAGAAGACGAGUUCUCGCUCGUGGACAUCAACGUGACGGACACCUCGGACAAGGCGGACAUGAACACGCCGGUAAAGGUGACUCCGCUUCCUCCAGAGUCUCUGAUUGCUCCCGAAAACCACGACAAGCAGAAGCUGCCCCUCAUCAGUGUGAAAGGUGAAAUUGUGUGCAGCCAGAAGGACUUCUGGAUAAAUCUGUUCCUCCCAGGACACCGGGACAUGAUCCUCCUCAAUCAGGGCGCCAAGUCUAGCACGCCUCACUUAGACCAGAACCUGCAGCUUGUCGCCAUGUCAGUUGGUGCCAAUUUUGGAGACAUAGCCGAGGAGAGCGUGCCUCCUGUGGACGACGUGAUGGACGUGGAGCAGGAAGCAGAGGAGCACGUGGAGAGGCAGCAGGCUCCGAGUGAACCUCGCAUGAUUCGACCACGGCAGCAGGUUGUCGCUGAGGAGGCGGAGCUACCUGCCGUCACCGCGUGGACGCUUCACGACCCAUACGCCACCGAGCUCAACAAGAAGGGCGAGAAGGCCAUCAAGUUAGGAAAGUGCUACGAGGUUCCCGCGGGUCUGGACGACGGAGGGAAGAGGAAACGAAAGCGCGCGGCUCCCCUGCAGGACUUCUGUCGAUGGUUCAAACGAAACUACGAUCCUCCCGAUUCCAAGUUGAGGAAGGGGCCCACGUUCAUCGACCUAAACUACGUUUAUCUCAGCACCAUCAAAAGCAAGCUGAGCUCUCGCAAGAGAAUCAACAGGAAACAAGGCGUGUUUGUGACUGACGGGGAACUGACGAGAAACUUACUGCAGCUUGAGGAGGUGGGGCCACAUGAUCAUGAGGCGGAGCCUGUGGAGGGCUUCAUAGAGCUGGACAUGGCAGGUGCAGAAGACCUCUGUGAACAUGAACAACUUCCUGUUGAAUGUGAGGCAGAAGAAGACGGCGUGCCAGGAGCUCAGCUGACCUACGAAGACCUCGUCAAACUGCGAGUGGAGCAGCUGGUGAUCAACUGUCAAGGUUACGUGCAGGAGACAGCGCUGUCUCGACGGGUCAAAGACUGGGAGGACAAGAUCCACCCCCAGCUGUCUCAGCAGGAGGAGCGCGUGCCGUUUGACAUUCACCAAUACGGCGAUAGAAUCGUCUCGGCGUUGAACACCGUGGGCCAGCGCCGCUCCUUUUCGUCCAUCGUGUCCGGCUUGGACAAUUUUGAAGCCUGCAAGUUCCUGCUGGCAUCGCUACAGCUGGCCAACGACAACACGGUGGCCAUCGACAGUGUUGAUGGUUUGGAUGAGAGCUUGGACUCGAUGGCGUUGACGCUUAUCAGCACACAACGAGCUACCGACAGGUUUAAAAGUCUCCCCGCCAGCACGAUGAACACUUCUUGAUGACGGGAAGCAUCAAAAGACCACCAAUGAGCCCCUUCAUCAUUGAUAUAGAAAAGGGCUUCAUUCAUUUCAGACAGCCAUUGUUAUUAAUGUCAUUAAAUGUUUUUAUUAAGCGUACACGUAUGUUCAUGCAUCAGAGA